CUACAUUUGUGAAAAUAAAACGUUUACUGUAAUCAGUAUGGUAUCAUGAAAAAAUAUUGUUGGUAAAAUGUCAAUUUUUUGAAAAAUAAGUAACAAUAGUACGUAAGAACGAAAAGAGUUCUUAAACUUCAAGAAAAAUCAUUACAAAAUCUUCAAUGAAUUUUUUGAAUCAACUGAAUUCAGUAUUGUCAUUGUGAUGUAAUGCUAAAUCGUCGGGAAUGUUAUUGAAUAGACAGCGAGUGCUAUUGCAUAUAUUGACAGUCAGUAUCGUCAGCAAAGAGGAAGUAAAUAAAGAGUACAGAGUUUUAUAGUAAAAUUUCCAGUGACCGAAUGUUCGUGUUAAAGCAGUGCCGACAUUAGAAGCGGUUUCGCCCGAUGCCUGUGGAAAUCACAGUCGACCGUUGACCGUCCGAGUGGUCAGAUCGGCAUAACCGGAAUAUCCGUGCCGGGGCCAGUGAUAAUAAUUAGAAAACGGAGUUGACGACGUCCGUCGUCGCGACGGAUUGAGAAGCAAAGCGUGACGGGACGAGAUUUACGAGCAACGUAGGAUAGGAACUCUUGGAUUAUUUAGUGCGGUGAAAGUGGUCAGUAUUGAAAUGAGGAAAAGAUAAAAAGUCAAUUUAAAAAAGAUCAACAAGAAGAAUCAAAGUGGACGACAUUUCUUGAUGUUAUCAUAUUGUAAUACGUUACGAGAGUAUUACCGAAGCGAAAAGUCAACCGCCGAUUGUCAGGAAUUUUGAAAAAAGAUAUAAUUAAGGAUUUGAAAAAUUUAUGUACACAAUGGUGGCGAAAGACUUUCUUUACAGACGUUCCAAACUGUCGUUCUACUCAGGCACAGCAAAGCACACGUUCUUAGCAGUAUUGCUAUACGCAUCCUUUGGAUCAGUUAAUUGCCAGUCAAAUCAGCAAAACAAUCUGCGCGGUGUAUAUUCAUGGAAAGCUCUCGAGUUUGCAUUUCCAAGUGAAAGAGCCAGAGAAGCUGCCAUUAGCAGGGGCGAAUUUAUACCAGGCAGCCCCUUGCCAAUAGACAUGGACGUAUUUUACGGGGGUAAAAGAGGCCCUAUGGUGUUUCUUUCUAUACCACGUUUUCAAGAUGGCGUUCCCGUGACAAUUGGAUACGUUAGUAACAACGUGACUCGAGAUGGAAAUCCAAUAAUAGCACCGUAUCCCGAUUGGAGUUGGAAUCGAUUAGGUGGCUGCGACGCCAUUACCAGCGUUUAUAGAAUUCAGGUUGACGCGUGCGGCAGGUUAUGGAUUCUUGAUACAGGGAAAUUGGGUGACCGCCAAGUGUGUCGUCCACAAAUUUUGGCAUUUUCAUUGACGUCAAACAGAUUGUUAAGAAGAUACAGAUUUCCCAGAGAUCACUUCAAGGAUGAUUCCAUAUACGUCACUGUCAUCGUUGACGUUCGAGAUCCUGAAGGUUUUUGUAGAGAUACGUUUGUCUAUAUCGCCGACGUCACAGGAUUCGCACUUAUUGUAUACGACAUGUACAACAAUCAAUCUUGGAGGAUUCAUAAUAAUUUAUUUUACCCUUAUCCACAAUAUGGGACUUUCAAUAUCAAGGAUGAUAGUUUUGACCUGAUGGACGGAAUCCUCGGACUUGCCCUGAGUCCCUACAAAUUUAAUCAAGACCGAAUUCUGUACUUCCAUUCGUUAGCCAGUCGCGUUGAAUCCUGGGUACCCACUUCAGUGAUUAGAAAUUAUACAAUGUUCUAUGAUGAUCCUGAUGCUUCUCCAAGAUCUUUUCAAGCUUUUGAUAAAGAACGGUCUUCUCAAUCAGCUGCUCAAGCUAUGGAUCGAAACGGUGUCCUGUUUUUUGGAUUAUUGUCCGAUCUUGCUAUCGGCUGUUGGAAUAGUCGUGAUUAUUCGUACGGCGGUGAUAACAUCGAGAAAAUUGCGGUGAAUUCAGAAACACUGCAAUUUCCAUCCGGAUUAAAGAUAAUCACAGCGAAGAACGGACGUCAAGAAUUAUGGGUAGUGACGGUAUCGUUUCAAAAAUUCAUGAGCGGUUCGUUGACACCGAAUGAGACGAAUUUUCGAAUUCAGGCUGCGUACGUUGACGAACUGGUACGCGGCACCAAAUGCGACGUUGCCAGCCUUGGUAUCAGCAAUGUCGUUGAACGUCCAACCACAGGAGGGUACGGGCCGAUCUUGUUUACUAAGAUCAGACCAGCCCGCUACACCUUCUAUAUCGACCACGGAUGAGCCAUAACCACGUGGAUCAAGAUGUGCAUGCAUGAAAACGUACGUCCACUUGCGUGACUUCGGGGACCAAUAAGAGGCGGAACAAACGGAACAAUCAAAUCUUUAGGAUUUAAGUUUAUUUCCCUAUACCCAAGAUACGAAUGCCAUUGAGUGAAAUUAUUCAUUGUGAUUAUUAUAUAAAUUUUUAUCUUCUUUUUCUCAUCGAGGUGCCAUUUGGAACUCGUUUUCAAAUAUUUUUUAUAAACUAGUAUAUUUCCUGGUUGUUGUGUUGCAAAUCUUUAUAAUGUAGGUAUCGAGAACAGCGGAUACGUCUAGGUCUGUAGCGUGCGAGAGAAGUGUGACUCUUGGAUGGUGACGUAACGUGGCCGAGAUAGGAAUUUUCUUUCUUGUCGGUUUUGACGAAAUUCUUGGAGAUUGCCAAUCUCAUGACACCCGUCGAGUUGGCAAUUCUUUGAUAAUAAAUUUCUAGUUUGUUAGAAACUAUAUAUAUAUACAUGUUCACAACAUGCAUUACAUAUACGUGGACUAGGAAGUGAUUAUAUACUGUUUAUCGUCAAAUUAAUUAUUUAACGAUAUUAUUAAUUAUACUCCUGUAAUGUGUUUAAUGAGAGUGAUGAAAAAUUGUGAAAUUAAUAAAACUAAAGAAUUGAACAGUAAUUGACAUUUAUUCACAUUUUUUGGUGGAUAAGGCAUCACCUUUUAUUUUUGGUGUCUGUUACAAUUGACCCCCCACCUCUUCCACGUAUACGAAGUUUUCUCGUGUCAACUCAUAUGUUAUAAUUCAAAUAAACUUAAUAUCUCAAAAAUAUUUGUACAACUUGAAGUGUGAUGAUUGGAAACGUGUAUGCCUAUAGCGUAUAAUAUCCGCUAUAAAAAUCGUAGCUAUUUAUUUCUUGCUUCCUAGAAAUUUUUCACGCUGGCGGCUGAUUGGCAUUCUUACGCGUAAUAAAUACAAUGUAUUAGAAAAUAUAGGAUUAGAAUAACUAUAAUGUUGUAUACAUAUAAUCGCCGUACGUCUUCAGUGUUCAGAUAAACAAUUUUUCAGAAAAUGAAAAAAAUAAAUAAAAUCAAUUAUAGUGCAA